AUGGGGUUUAGUUUAUCUGUAUUGGGAAAAUUCUUCAAACUGGGUCUUGAACCAAAUGUCUUUACCUUCACCGGUCUAAUCAACGGCUUUCUUCUCGAGAAUCGAGUGGCGGAGGCAGCAGGAAUUUUCAACAAAAUGAUGAGGGGAGGUAAUUGUCAGCCUAAUGUGGUUACUUAUGGCACGCUAGUAAAGGGCUUUUGCAUGAAGGGUAACAACAGUGCUGCUAUUCAGUUGCUUAGGAAGAUGGAGGAAGGAGCUUGCAAGCCUGACCUAGUUAUCUAUAACACAAUCAUCGACAGUCUUUGUAAGGAUACACUAGUUGAUGAUGCAUUGAACCUCUUAUCAGAAAUGAUGAGCAAGGGUAUUGCCCCAGAUGUCAUUACCUAUAACUCUUUGAUGAAUGGAGUUUGCAAAUUAGGCAAGUGGAGAGAAGCUGUAAGGUUGUUGAAUGAAAUGGUGAGUAAAAAUAUCUUUCCAAAUGUGCGCACUUUCAAUGUCUUGGUAGACACAAUUUGUAAGGAGGGGAUGGUCUUGGAAGCAGAAGGUGUGGUAGAAAUGAUGAUUCAAAGAGGUAUUGAACCUAAUACCAUUACAUACACUUCACUUAUGGAUGGUUUCUGUUUGCGAGGAGAAAUGAGCAAGGCUAGAAAAGUUUUUAAACUAAUGCUUAGCAAGGGCUCGACGGUUGAUGUUUUUAAUUACAACACAUUGAUAAAUGGAUAUUGUAAGCAUAAGAUGAUGGAUCAGGCCAUGAUGCUGCUUCGGGAAAUGUCUCGUAAGGGACUGGUUCCAGAUAUCAUUACUUAUAACACACUUGUGGAUGGUUGUUGCAAAGUGGGGAAAUUAGGUGUUGCACAAAAGUUGUUCUCUGAGAUGCAAGCUUGUGGCCAACUUCCAAAUGUUCGAACUUAUGCUAUUCUACUGGAUGGCUUGUGUAAAAACCGACAACUUUCUACAGCAAUCCAACUGUUUAAAGAAAUGGAAGGCCAGAAGUUGGAUGCAGAUAUUGUGAUUUACAGUAUUCUUAUUGAAGGUUUGUGCCUAGCUGGGAAAAUUGAAUCUGCGAGGGUUCUCUUUCAUUGGUUAUCAUCAAAAGGACUCCAACCAAAUGUGAGGACAUAUACCAUAAUGAUUAAUGGACUCUGUAUUGGGGGCCUAACAAGUGAAGCAGAAAAGCUGCUUACUGAAAUGGAAGAGAAAGGUUGUCCUCCAGAUGAUUGUACAUAUAACAUAAUUAUUCGAGGGUUCAUCAAUAACAAUGAGACAGUAAGGGUGACAGGACUUAUUCAACAAAUGGUGGAGAGGGGUUUCUCAGCAGAUGCCUGGACUACAGAAUUGAUAUUCGACUUAGCUCAACAGCCUGAAAUCUUGCAUAAGACUGUCGCAGUUGCAGUGACACAACAGGAGCAGCAAUUGAAAGAUAUGGAGGAGGAUAUGCAGUCCUUUGUAUCUACCAAGGCAGAUGUGCUCUAUACAACCUAA